AUCAUACCUCGCCGUAGCAUUUGUUCUUACCAUCAUUUUCGGCGAUCUCACUUUCGUGAGUGAUUCAAUCGUCCACUGAGGAUCCCAGGCUCACGCUCACAAACGCCUGGCAGGAACAUGUCCAACGUUAUCGUUGUUAGGGGUGAAGACAACCACGAAGCUCGAUUCCGCUGCAGCUGGUGCACGAGAGAUGAUAUCACUACCGACGCGUCGGGUAUCACCAGCUGGCAAAACAUAGACGUCUUCUUCAGAGAAAUCUCGAGGUCGACUGGCUUUUCAUGGGUGAAGAAACCGGAAAGCGCUUGCCUUUCUAUCGAGCUAUCCGCCGACAAGCACCAGCAAAUCCAUGAAGAAGACCUUGGCUGCACUGCCGCGUUCCAAUUUGCCCUCGACUGCCUCUCAGCUGCCAGUCAUGACGAUGAUCACGAGAGUGUCGCCCGGCUCGUCGUACCGCGAUCUAGUGGGUAUAUCGUACGCUCUGACAUCAUGUCCUUACGUCUCCUCGGCUGCUCUCUGGUGAAGAGUGUCGCCAGCUUUGCCAAACCACAGCAGUUCUUUGACGGCAAGCCCAUCAACGUCGAUGUCUUCCCGAGUGCUUUUGCGAAAUCGAUUGGAGGCGUUCUCUUGAUGAAGAGGAAGACAAAACAGCACGCCAAUUCGAAUGGUAAAAUUGGCAAUGGAAUUGUCGCCCUUGACUCACUACUGUCUUCUUUGGAUCACGAAUUGCGCAAUCGUUUGUCGUUCCCUUGGUUGUCCACGCAGCCCCCGGCCGAACGACGACCCACCCUAGCCAUCGUCGACGGUGGCCUUCGAGGUCCUGACGACGGAGGAACGGGAGGGAGCAUAUACAUGGCGGCCGAAGCUCUGGGAAUCGACAUGGUCGUGUUGGACAAUCCCGGGCACUGGGUGAAUGGUCCGAAAUACCGCCAUUGGCGCAAAGCUUUCGUUCCUCUCGAACUUCAGCUCGAACCUGAUGCUGGAUUUUCCAAUCGUAUUGCGGACGCGGUACGUUCGUAUGAAGGCCACAUCGAUGGAAUUCUGACCUUUCGCGAUCAUUACAAGGUUCCCGUUGCCGAAGCUGCUGUGCAACUCUCUUUACCGACAUAUCCUCCAUCGGCCUACGUCAUUGCCACGGACAAAUUCAAGACGAGUGUGUCCGAAGGUCACAUCGCAUAUCAAGCAUCUAGCGCCGAGCAAGCCGUCAAAAUUGUGCAAGAGCACCAUCUAGAAUUCCCGUUGAUUAUCAAGCCAUGCAAUGGCUUCCUUUCCGAGGGUGUCUUCCGCGUCGAGAACCUCUCGCAGCUCGAGGCGGGUGCACAGGCCAUCGACACCGAUCGACACGGGAAAGAAUUUGUAAUCGAAAAGUACUGCGAGGGACCCGAAGUCGAUGCCAACGUGGUGCUCUGCGACGGAGAGGUGAUAUUCUUCGAAGUAUCGGACGAUUUCCCGAAGGGCGCCGACGCCAACAGCCACGGCACUGUUAAGAACUUCAUCGAGCUUGCCAAUGUCCUGCCAUCUGCGCUGCCUGAGCACGAGCAGGCCCUGCUGCGAGAUUCGCUUCGUCAAAGCUUAGUUCGGAUGGGGUUCCUAGACGGAUUCUUUCACCUCGAGGCGCGCGUGGAGAACUCCAGCAUGGAAUACGGUACCAAAAAUCAAGUUUUGGACUUGAGAAUGCGUGACAAUGUCGAGAAAGGGACACCAGCACCAGCGGCCUGGUUGAUCGAAGUCAAUCCACGGCCACCAGGAAUCCAAGCUUCCGAAGCGGCCAGACAUACUUAUGGUGUUGAUUAUUUCGGCCUCGGCCUGCUGUUCGCUCUCGACGACAAGCCUCGGGCCAAGCAGCUUUCACACGCGUUUGCCCAAGGGCCGCAGUAUUGGUGCGAAAUGGUCUUCAUCCCCGUGGAGAAAGGUGGUGUGUAUGAAUCUGGCGAUGUGUGUGAGGAGCUCUUUGCUCGACGGCCUGAUCUGGUCGAUCAUGUUUCGGGAAGCUUCUGUUUUCUCAAGAAGGGAGACCAUGUGGCGGAUCCCUUAAAGACAGGGCUCAACUCAUGGGUGGCGUAUUUCAACGUCUAUUCGAGAGAGAGUCGCGAGCAUGUGUUGGAACUGGCCGACUGUGUGAGACGCGAGGUAAGAUUCUCUAUCGUAUGAGGACAAUGACGGCCUCGCAAGGACAUAUAGGUUAUGCAGCCACGUCAUGUACAGCGUACAGUGUAAGAUAGAGCUCUCUAGCGAUGUGCUUCUAUCCAGCUACUGAAGAUGCAGGAUGCAAGUGGUUGAGGAGGAGGAAUCUUCCCCAGUACAUUUUAGGGUUUGGCCAACCCCCUCAAGUCCAUCGCCAAAACCCCCCCAACCUCUCUCUUACAUUACAACUACUCAAACAAUACUCAUAUACUGAAUGAGGAAUGCAAGA